ACUGAAAGUAAUUGAAGCCGAUGAGACAGAUCUUGAGUAGCUUGAGAAUCGAGGUUAGCGAGAAAGGUGUUUUGUUUUUAAGGUCCAGGUGUUUCGUCAGUUGUUCUUCGACCAGAUCGAUUACAAUAUCGACAGGGAUGCUGGUGAAGAGAUCCUUUACGUCAUUUUGAAAGGCAGCUGUUGGUCAUGCCACAGGUUGUUCAUUGAUGAGAGUGAAAUUGAGGCGAAGAUAUUUUUCGCCGAAUUGAAUGCCCUUGACUGCGGUUCGCUGACAGUGGCGGAAAGCUUGAGAGAAGUGAAACGUUCGAAGAUUAAUGUCGACGUAGCGGAUUCCACCAUUCAGACGGACGAAUCAAUGUUUGAUGUCAGCGACGGUUGUUCGAUGGACCAGAAAAUAGCUCGACUUGUAGCUGAAGCUGAAGGCGUUUCGUCCAAUGGCGAUUACCAUUCAUGCAACAAAAACUUGCUGAAAAUUCGGAAACAGAUUUCUAACGAGUUCUGCAAAAAUGUGCUUUUCAAGAGACCACGCAGAUGUCCGCAGUGCAGCGUUUUUGUUCCAAAUUUGAGGCACGAGUACAAGCGAUCGAUUAUGGCAAAGUUCCCUGAAGACAAGUCAAAGAAAUCUACAAGGCAGACGACGAAGAUUAAGGAUAAAGCCGCGAUGAUCGAUCUUCAGUUUGAGGUCACAUCUCCUGAUACUUCCGCUACAUUCAUUGACACGCCAAAAGAACUAGAGGUGACUGAAUCGAUUGGCGGAUACCAAUUUCUGGCUCCUUCCCAAGUGAUGGAGCACUUCCGUCAAGUCUGGUUGAAUGGCGGUCAAAAGAUGUUAACUGCAGUUUUUCCUUUUUUGAAUGCUAGCGAAAUGACCGCCAACAAUUCGACGCCAACAGAUUUGCUGUUUUGUACCAACAUUUUGGUAUCCCCUUCUAAAUUUCGUCCGCUAUCCGUAUACAUGGGUCGGCAAUUCGAGAACCCACAGACGCUGAACUUGCGACGAGUGUUGGAAAACUGUGCUUUGAUGAGGCACCUGUUAAAAAUAUGUUUGUCGGAAACCGGCAAGCUUGUGGACGCUGAUCAGCUGUUCUUGUCGCAGAUUCCUGGCAGCACUCCGGCGUCCAAAUACCUUCGCAUCUACUCCUACCUACAGAGCAGCGUCAAUCUGUUGUACGACAGCGACCUUGACCCUCUCUUGAGCAGGUAUACGUUUUGA